AUGGAUGACGAACCCGAACGGACCAAGCGCUGGGAAGGAGGCUACGAAAGAACAUGGGAAAUUCUGAAAGAAGAUGAAUCCGGAUCGCUGAAAGCGACCAUCGAGGACAAUCUUUUCAAAGCAAAGAGGAAAAGACUCUAUGAACACCAUGGACAAGUUCGACUUGGAAUGAUGCGUCACCUUUACGUGGUUGUUGAUGGAUCAAGAACUAUGGAAGACCAAGAUUUAAAACCAAACAGACUUACUUGCACUUUAAAGUUAUUGGAAUAUUUUGUUGAAGAGUACUUUGAUCAAAAUCCUAUUAGUCAGAUUGGCUUAAUUGUAACUAAGAGUAAAAGAGCUGAAAAAAUGACAGAACUUUCAGGUAACUCAAAAAAGCACAUAACUGCUCUGAAGAAAGCAGUGGAUAUGAACUGCAGUGGAGAGCCGUCUCUAUAUAAUUCCCUAAGUUUGGCCAUGCAGACUUUGAAGCAUAUGCCAGGACAUACAAGCAGAGAGGUCUUGAUAGUCUUCAGCAGUCUAACGACAUGUGAUCCAGCCAACAUCUAUGAUCUAAUUAAGUGUUUAAAAGCAGUUAAGAUCAGAGUAUCUGUCAUCGGCCUAAGUGCUGAAGUCCGAGUUUGUACAGUACUUGCCCGAGAAACUGGUGGAACAUACCGCAUUAUUUUAGAUGAAAGUCAUUAUAAGGAACUGCUGAUGCAUCAUGUUAGUCCUCCACCUGCUGGUUCAAGUUCUGAGUGCUCCCUUAUUCGAAUGGGUUUUCCUCAGCACACUAUUGCUUCUCUAUCUGAUCAAGAUGCAAAACCAUCCUUUAGCAUGGCGCAAUUGGAAAACAACAGUGAGCCCGGUCUUACACUGGGUGGAUAUUUCUGUCCCCAGUGCAGAGCCAAAUACUGUGAACUUCCUGUGGAAUGCAAAAUCUGUGGUCUUACAUUAGUAUCUGCACCUCACCUGGCUCGGUCUUACCAUCACUUGUUUCCUUUGGAUGCCUUUCAGGAAGUUCCCUUGGAAGAAUAUCAGGGGGAACGGUAUUGUCAAGGCUGCCAGGGAGAAAUGAAAGAUCAAAAUGUUUACAUAUGUAAAGUGUGUCAGAAUGCAUUUUGCAUGGAAUGUGAUUUGUUUGUUCAUGAUUCUCUGCACUGCUGUCCUGGCUGUAUUCACGAGCACCCUGCUCCCAUAUCUGUAUGA